UUUAAGCCGGGAAGGUAUUCUCCUGUCAACAUGAACAGAACCACAUUUAGUUAAAUGCUAACUAAAAAACAAACACUGUGGGAGGUCAGAGGAGAAGACAGUGAGUGUGAGAAUUGUUUAGUUGUUUGCUCUUUUUGGGGCUGAUGGCUUAGUUAUGCCUCUUACAGCAGUGAAGGUGAAAGCAGAGUGACAAAUGAAUUUCAUUAGUCAUUUUUAUUGUGCACAGAGCUUUGCAACAACCAUACUUGGAUAAACCAGAGGGAUAAAGCCUCCCUCUGACCAGCCUCUGAGUUGGGACAGAAGAAACACCAGAAAGGGAAAGGGAAGAGGACGGGUCACUUCCAUCACUUCUUGAAAAAUACAAAAGCAGUCCUCCAGGUGACCCAAACCCCUCUUCUAGUCCUGGAAGCAGCAUGGAUACACAGAUCAUCUAUGACCUUCUAGGGGAGAAUGCUUGGUUGUACGUCUGCAGCACCUUUGCAGUGCUGUGGAUUCUUGUGUGGCUGUACAGAGACAACCUGGAGAUCGAGGAGAUCACGGACAAGUACGUGUUUGUGAGCGGCUGUGACACCGGGUUUGGAAACCUGCUGUGUAAGAAGCUCGAUCGCAAAGGUUUCCGAGUGCUGGCCGGCUGUCUCACGGAGAAGGGAGCUGAUGAUCUGAGGAGGCAGGCGGGCCCCUGUCUGAAGACUGUCCUCCUGGAUGUGAGCAAUCAGGACAGCAUCCAGAAAGCCAUGGAGUUCACCAAGAAGGAGGUUGGGGAUAAGGGCCUGUGGGGUAUCGUGAACAAUGCUGGACGCUCUCUGCCAAUGGGGCCUUCAGAGUGGAUGAAAGUGGAGGAUUUUCACGGCAUUUUGAAAGUCAACAUGAACGGAGUGAUCGGCAUGACCAUGACUUUCCUGCCCCUCAUUAAAAAGGCUCGUGGCCGCAUCGUGAAUGUAGCGUCAGUGCUGGGCAGAGUGGCCGCUAACGGUGGAGGAUACUGCAUCUCCAAGUUUGCAGUGGAGUGUUUCUCCGACUGCCUCAGGAGAGAUAUAAACUACUUUGGAAUCAAUGUGUGCAUCAUCGAGCCGGGGUUCUUCAAGACGGCGGUGACGAGCCUCGACCCUCUCGAGAGGGAGCUGCAUCGCUUGUGGAACCAGCUCAGCCCCGAAGUACAAGCCAGCUACGGAGACAAGUACCUGGACAAGUUCAUCAAGGUCCAGCGUCUAAUCAUGAACGCUAUCUGCGACACUGACCUCACUAAGGUGACCAGCUGCAUGGAGCACGCUCUGACGGCGGCUCACCCCCGCACCAGAUACAGCGCAGGCUGGGAUGCCAAGCUUCUCUGGAUCCCCCUCUCCUACAUGCCUUCCUUUGUUGUUGAUAUUGGACUGAAGCUGGUGAUGCCGCGUCCCGCAAAGAGCGUGUGACUCGUCAUGACCUGAAAAAAACAGAAAUCUAUUCACAGUUAUCAGCCUUUUUCUUUCUCUUCAAUCAUGGCACUUUGAUGAAUUAUAUAUAUAUAUAUAAAUAUAUCUACCUGUA